AUGGAGUUUGGAUCUGUCCUGGACAAGGUUUUGAAAGAAGAAAUCACAGUCAUAUAUGGCAAAAAAGCCAGAGAAUUACAUGUAGUCGGGCAAAACCAUUUUUCAAGGAAUGCAACAGAAGCUGACUCAUUCAAAAGUUUUGGCAGUUUUUUGGAUAUACUGGGCGAACGUUCGGCAAAAGCUCAAAUGUUACCCGGACCUGUGACGUCCUAUACGAAGUUCAAGGAUUCGAACCAGACAAUUUUUUUAUUAUCUGACAUUCCUUCAAAAAAAAUUUUGGGUUUCUUAAAAACAGGUAGAAAGCGUCUUUUCGUGCAUGACAGAAGAGGGGUUUGUGUCGAAUGCGUUCCUUUAUGUGUUUUGGAUUUCUACGUACAUGAAGCACAUCAGAGGAAAGGUUGUGGGAAAAAGUUAUUUGACUUUAUGCUUAAAAAUGAAAAUAUUAAUCCUAAUUGUUUGGCAAUUGAUUAUCCUUCUAAAAAAAUGUUACAAUUUUUACAUAAACAUUAUCAAUUAAAAAAUCCAAUUUUUUCAUCAAAUAAUUUUGUUGUUUAUUCAAAAUUUUUUGAUCAAAUUUUUUAUGAUUCAUUUAAUAUUGAACAACAUUCUAUUAUUCCAUCUAAAUUAUCAUCCAUACAAAUUUGGGAUACAGAAGGUUUAAUCAAUAAAAAAAAAAUGAAUUCAAUGAUGAACCGAUCAAAUUAUUAUCAUCCCUAUUAUAAUCAUAAUCAAUUAUGUAAUAAUAAUAAUAAUAAUAGUAAUGAUAAUAAUAAUAAUAAUCACUAUGACAAUACAAUAGCCAUGGAUGAACAACCAAGGAUAGAUGAUCACACUCAUUCAUCUGGAUAUAUUCAUAAGAAAACAUUAAAUAAUCAACAAGUUAAUGAAUUAAAUACAAAUAUCAAUGAUGAAUUACCUAUACCUAUGACAAAUAUGAAGUUAUGUAAUAAUAGUAAUAAUAAUAAUAAUAAUAAUAAUAAUAAUAAUAAUAGUACAUUGACAAGUGUUUAUGAUGCAUCUAAAGCAGACUUUGGAUAUACUAAAUUAAAACAAGAUCAUAAUGAGGUAAAACCUAUGGAUCAGCAUCAUAACAAAGUGAAGACAUUUGGACUAUUACAUAAUGUAUAUGAUAAUGUUAAUAAAUCUACAAUACAAAAAAAAUCAAAUAGUUCCAUUAUGACUAAUUCAGAACUGUUCAAUUAUCGUUCAUUUGAAUUACAAAAUCAUUAUGGUAACUUGCUUGAGCCGAAACAAUGUCUAUAUAUAUAUAUUCAUACAAAUGAUUGACGGUGUUACGUAAUCCAGAGUGACACUGACAUUUAUAAAAUGAAGAAAAUUCCAGAUUUAUUGACAAACUUCAAUAGUCAUUCAUUGAAUCACGGUUAAACAAUCACACAAUACUUUAUACUUGAUAUUAAUUCAAUAACUUCACUUAUCUCUUUAUAUCUUCUGAUAUUUGUGAUCGAAUUCAGUUGAAUAUCAUCAUUACUACCUGUUUAAUCUUCUGAAUUCUUCAUGUCCCUUUCUUUUUUCUCCUUCCAAAUUUACUUCACUGGAUUAUACUCCUUGAAUAACAACUUCAAACCCUGAUCUUUCCGAUUACUGCUUAUACUUUUAUUACUUUUACCACUAUGGGAUUUAAAUCGACAAUUGUAUCUGUGUGCUAAUGUGGUAUGGCAAUUCGAACUGAUGUACAUACGUACGA